AUGGUUUUGGGCAAUACUCACCUUUUUUGUGUUAGCCAAAAUGCAGGAAUCCUCAAGGAAUCCGAGGUUUUAGCAGCUGGACAGGAGCUUGACGGAGAAGCUAGAGUUAUUCAGCUAUGGAAGAAUGCUAACUACAAAAGAACAGUAGUGGCUUGCUUUGUCCAAGCAGUUUACCUUCUCGAGAUCGACAGACAAGAAAACAGGACAGAAGAAAAUGCAUUUGCUCCAAAAUGGUUGAUACCUUUCAAGUACAAGUUAGUCGAUACCUUAAACGAUGAAAGAGAUGGAUCCAUUUUCGGUGCAAUCUUGGAAUGGGAUAGAUCUGCAGCACUGUCCGAUUUUGUGCUCAUCAGACUGAGUGGUGCACCAAGGUCUGUCGUGGCCUUAAGAGGCACACUUCUCAAAAGCCAAACGAUGAGAAGGGAUAUCGAAGAUGAUCUCCAUUUCUUAGCUUGGGAAAGUCUGAAAGGUUCUGUUAGAUUCAAUGCAGCUCUCAAUGCUCUCAAAUCAAUUGCCACAAAGUAUGGCAGCAACAAUGUGUGUAUUGUAGGCCAUUCACUUGGAGCUGGAUUUGCUCUUCAAGUAGGAAAAGCGUUAGCGAAAGAAGGCAUACAUGUUGAGGCACAUUUGUUCAAUCCGCCUUCGGUUUCACUUGCUAUAAGCUUGAGAAACAUAGGGGGAAAAGCUGGAUUUGCGUGGAAAAGGCUCAAAUCAAUGCUCCCUUCGAAUCCUGAUACUCAAACGAGCUACGAGGAAAGUGAUACUCAAUCUUUUCGGAUAGGUCUAAAGCAAUGGGUGCCACAUUUGUACCUUAACAAUAGUGAUUACAUAUGUUGCUCUUACAUUGAUCAAGAAAAAAAUGGAUUACAAGACAACAAUCAUGAGGCUGAUAAAGAGAAUAUAAAACCAAGAAAUGGCCAACAAGUUGUUGCUGCUGCAAAUCUUUUUUUGUCAUCUAAUAAAGGGAAACACAAGUUUGUUGAGGCACAUGGAUUAGAGCAAUGGUGGUCUGAUAAUUUGAAACUACAAAUUGCUAUUAGUAACAGCAAGCUUAUUAGUCAGCAGUUUAAAUCUUUGUACACUCUUCCUGCUUCUCAACUAACACAAUCGAAGCGCGGCCAAUGA